AUGGCCACGAGAGCUUUGAGGGAGGUGGUGGGGAGGAGGAGGGUCGGAGCGGCGGGGAUUGGAGGCGGCAGACGCUUCUCCGACAGCGCCGCCGCCGCUGCUGCUGCUCCGGCGGGGGCGGCGGAGAGGGGAGAGGGGGGAGGGGGGAAGGCGGUGAACCUCUUCACCGCCGUUAACCAGGCGCUCCACAUCGCGCUCGACACCGACCCGCGCUCUUAUGUUUUUGGAGAGGAUGUGGGUUUUGGUGGCGUCUUUCGCUGCACAACAGGGCUAGCUGAUCGAUUUGGCAAAAAAAGAGUAUUCAAUACACCAUUGUGUGAACAGGGUAUUGCCGGAUUUGCUAUUGGCUUAGCAGCAAUGGGCAAUAGAGCCAUCGCCGAAAUCCAGUUUGCAGAUUAUAUCUUUCCAGCAUUUGAUCAGAUCGUCAAUGAAGCAGCUAAAUUCAGAUACCGAAGUGGAAAUGAAUUUAACUGUGGAGGUUUAACAAUUCGAUCUCCAUAUGGUGCUGUUGGACAUGGUGGUCACUACCAUUCACAGUCACCAGAGGCUUUCUUCUGCCAUGUUCCUGGCCUGAAGGUUGUCAUACCUCGGAGUCCACGUGAGGCCAAGGGACUGUUGCUGGCUAGCAUUCGUGACCCAAACCCAGUCAUCUUUUUCGAGCCAAAGUGGUUGUACCGUUUGUCUGUUGAAGAAGUUCCUGAGGGGGACUAUAUGCUGCCUUUAUCCCAGGCAGAAGUGAUCCGCAAAGGAAGUGAUAUAACACUUAUUGGUUGGGGAGCUCAACUUGCAGUGCUGGAACAAGCAUGUGAAGAUGCUUCAAAGGAUGGAAUUUCUUGCGAGCUCAUAGAUCUAAGAACACUAAUUCCAUGGGACAAGGAAACAGUCGAGGCCUCUGUCAGCAAGACUGGAAAGCUUCUAUUAGUCAUGAGGCCCCGAUCACCGGAGGGUUUGGUGCGGAAAUCGCUGCAUCCAUUGCUGAGCGCUGCUUCCAGAGGUUAG